CGAGACAAAAGACGCCAACCUCUUGUAUGCAACUUUUAGCCCUCUGUGCUGCAGAACAGCAAGUCAUUGUAAGCUACGGGAAUAGUUGACUUACUACUUAGGAUAGAUCUGAAGCCAGACCACCUUCUAAUAAACUCAACCUAGAAGAGGACGAAUUCCUCACCAUGAUCUCCACAUCAGCAUGUCUUAUGUUCCUGGCUGUAAUUUUAAAAGAGAGCGUUGAAGAGUCAGUGAAGCAAACAGAGGGCCUUGUGACUGUCACCGAAGGAAACAAAGUGACUCUGAACUGCACCUAUGAAUUGUCAGGCUUUAUCUAUCCAUUCUGGUACAUUCAAGAUCCUGGCCAGCCUCCCAGGCUUCUCCUGAGGGAUUUUGGAAAAGAUGACUCUGAUGAGGGGCACCUUCGAAGCUUCAGUGCCACCCAUGAAAAGACUCAGAAGACUUUCAACCUGGAGAAAGCUUCCAGCCAGCUGAACGACUCCGCUGUCUAUUUCUGUGCUACAGUGGAACAAAGUGAAGGUCUCGAGAUCAUCCCACAAGGAUCCAAACUCUCUCUCAAAUGCUCCUAUCAGUCAUCUUUCAUGACUAACUACCCAUUCUGGUACAUUCAGCAUCCUGGCCAAGCUCCCAAGCUACUCAUGGCAGAGUUUGCAAAAGAAUUAUCCAAUGAGGGGCAUCUUCGAGGCUUCAGUGCCAUCCAUGAAAAGAACAAGAAGACCUUCAAUCUGGAGAAAGCGGCCAUCCAACUGAACGACUCUGCUGCCUAUUUCUGUGCCGUGAGUGACACAGUGAGGCUGGCCAAUAGAGAAGCAGAGCAAAAACUUGCAAAGGACAGAAAGACAGAACAGAACACAGAACAGAGUAUUCAGGGAUCCAAGUUGCUCAUUUAG